CUUGCAGUCAUGUGACCAAAGUUCCAUUCAGUGGACAGGCUGAUCUGGGAUCAGUGACUGUUUCCAUGCCGAUAGAUAUGACAUCAUCAGUCUAUGAGGUUCAACAAGGUCCUGAAACAAGAAAAUGAGGCUUUGCAGCAGGAAAUUAUGGAGCUGAAGGACAAACUUCAGCAAGCUGAAGACAAAAUCCAAGCGCAGAUGAGGUCCACCUGCUGCCACACAAAAGAGAAACACCAGAAGGAACUCAUUAACUUACAAAUGAAAUAUGAAGAUCAAAUUUUCCACCUCAACAUUAAAUACGAGUUUGGAAUGCGUUUGGCUGAGCUGAAGCUGGAGCAAGCUGAGACAGAGCUUAAAAAAGAAAAGCACCUCAGAUUUGAAAGUGAAUAUGAAAAACUGGAAGCUCUGGAGAUCACACAGGCACUUUCCGACAAACUCCAAAAAUUGGAGAUUUCCAAAGGGUGUUCAGAGAGAUGUGAGAUGCAUAAUACCAUCAGAGAGCUGCAAGAAAAGCUAGAAAAAGAAAGAGAGCUGAGGUUGAACGCAGAGACUGAAACAUUUGAACAGUUAGAGGCUUUGUUCGAAGAAAUGGACAAAGAUAUUAAGAGAGAGCAAGAUCUUCGAAUCCAAGUAGAGGCAGAAAAACAGAAGGCUACAGAGAUCAUACAGAUACUCUUCAACAAACUAAAAGAUAUAGAGAAAAGAUUUCAGGAGGGUUCAGCUUCUGUGAAACUGGAUGACCUGAACAUAAUGAACCUGGACAUUCAACAACUGGAAGAAGAGCUUCAAGAAAAUAGGAAAGUAGGGCUCCAGGCAGAAAAACGGAAACUAAAAGAAACUCAGAGCACAUCCAAGGAGGUCGACCAGAAAAAACUUCAACAUGACAUCCAGCAGCUGGAAACGUUGCUCCAAGAAGAGAAAAGAUUGAGGCUCCAAGCAGAAACUGAAAUCUCUAAUCAUGUAGAAAGUGUCAGCGCUUUGUGUCAAGAACUUAAUCAAGAAGUCAUAAGGGUACGAGCCUCUUUGGAAAGAAGUGAGGCAGAAAGGCUGAAGGCUGUGGAGAAAAGCCAGACCCUUCUCAGGAAACUAGAGCUCAGGGAUGAUCAUUAAUACCAUCAAGAUUACAUCCAAUAGUUGAAACUUGAUAUUCAACAACUGGAAGAAGAGCUUCAAGAAAAGAGGAAAGUGGGGCUCCAGGCAGA